AUGGCUGUUUACAAGUCCACGCAACCGCUACAUUCAAAUUGCGACUCAUACGUUAUACCGUACCGCACGAUCCUCGUGUUCCUUAUGUGCCUCUUACUGGCUAAAGGAGGUACAAGUACUCCUUUGACUAAUCACUAUGUGAAUGAUGCCAAUUACUAUGACAUUUCAAGUAAUGAUGACAAUUCAGAUCCUUUGGAGAAGUUUUACUUAAUUACCGAACAAAGGUGGCACACAGAUACUGUGCUGCCUAUUCCUUUAUUGCCAUCUACCGAGGGAAUGUCUGCUCGAUCUCAUCACAGGAUCCCGCAGUCCAUAACGGGACUGGAUGAUGCUGGAAUGGAUUUGCAAGCAGCUCAAUUUAGUACCCGGACAGGUCAGGAGGUACGCUCCACUGCAUCUUUAUCAUGGCUAGACUGGCAAUUGUCCCAGUUCGUAGUACUUUGCGCCAUCGGUGGCGCUAUUCUCUUUACAUUCCUGGUUUUGUUAUGGCUGCGGAGACAAAUGUCGCGUGAAAAGGAUACAGAGGAUGGUGAUAGGAGAGGCUUGGUAGAGGAAGGUGCUGUAGGCCUUCCAGAAAAGCCUAUCAAACCUGCAAAAGGAUCUAUUGAAUGGGUUCAUCAACCUACUGUAAAACCAUCUGUUCAAUCUAUUCAAUCUGCCAGACCAAUUAUUCAAGCUACUGGCUUGCCAGAGGUAAUGUCAGUAGCAACACCAGAACGCAGACCGGAACCAAUACGGAUAAAAGCUAAAGGAUUGUUAGAACGACGUGGAUCAAGUGCAAGUUUAACUAUAGAGUUGGCACCACCUCCUGAAAGCCCGCCACACAUUGUUACACCUACUCGAGAAUGUACCGCGGAGGAAUUUUUACUGAGCGCUGGAAACGUUCUAUCCAGAUCGCAGCUUAAGAAAGCUAUCAGUGAUCCAGCAUCGUUGCAUAAAGAAUUUUGGGAAGUGCCGCUCAAUUUGCCCGAAAAAUUAGAUAUCUGUGGAUCCGGAGUAAAGAAUAGAUACUGUUCUGUGUUACCAAAUCCACAGUCGAGGGUAAUUUUACCGGGAGUUUCUGAUGAUCCCCUUUCCAGUUACAUCAACGCCAACUACAUUCGAGGAUACGACGGAGAAGAUGCUCGCUACAUUGCAACACAGGGACCACUGGCUCACACAGUAGGUGACUUUUGGAAAAUGGUCUGGGCAGAUAAAGUUCCCGCGGUUGUUAUGAUGACAAAACUACACGAAGCCGCCAAAACAAAAUGCGAGGCGUACUUCCCGUUGGACAAAAACAGUCGCAUACAAGCUGGACCUUUUACUAUUAUCGUUAACUCCAUUGACGCAAGAGACGGCUACACUAUCAGAGAUUUAGAACUUAGAUACGAAGGGGACAGAAGACACGUGCAGCAUUACUGGUAUGAUUCAUGGCCGGACCAUGCCGUACCUCAAGCUGCGGAUACCCUUGUUAGUUUAGCUGCAGAAGUUAAUUCUCUGCCAGGACCGGUUGUUGUUCACUGCAGUGCAGGAAUUGGACGAACUGGUUGUUUCAUAGCUUUAGCCACAGGAAUGAUACAGUUAUUGAGAGACGGAAAUGUCGACGUUUUGGGUAUUCUGUGUCAAAUGAGAUAUGACAGAGGAGGUAUGGUUCAAACGGCGGAGCAGUAUGAAUUUGUUCACCGUGCACUUUGUCUAUACGAGCAGACGUUAGAUGGUGGUAAACUAGCGAGUUCAGGUGAUUGAAGCGACAAACGAGAUGACUAUGGGAAUUGAUAAGAGUUCACUAGAAGAAAAAUUCGUCUGAGAGUUAUUAUGAAAAGGUUUACGAAACGACUGUGGGAUAUUGUCUGCAACAUAUUACUUCGUCCAGGUGUGAAUAUCUCUCUGCCACGAAGGGAAUACUACGAAGAGAAUCUCAAUUUCGACACGAGACCAACGGAUGUCCCGCCUGAUCUUCACUUAUUCAAGAUGAGUUUCGUCUCACUAAAUAAGCUGCCAUUUCUAUACUGCCAUGACGAAUCGUUGACAAUUAAUAUCAGUCACAAAGCUCAA